UUUUUUGCACAUCAAAAAAACAAAAGCAGAAGUCAAGUAGAAAGUGCAACCCCCAAGGCAAAGUGAGCUGUUGCUUCAUUUCUAGGAGGAGCAGGAGGAGGAGCUGAGGGGGAACAACCUCCCCUGCACUCACUUGCCGUCAGAAACUCCUGAGCGGAGCUCGCACACGGCAGCACGGCAGCAGCGCAGCACGGCAGCAGCGCAGCACGGCAGCACGGCGCGGCCGGCACCGCAAACUUUUCCACGCUGGGAUGUGACUUUUUCCUUCGAAGCAAGCUUGAGGGGGAAGAUGAACGCCAGCGCCCAUGCGCCGCCUAGGACCUUCCAGCCGCCCACCAUCCCGGUCAUCAUGUUCAUCUUCGGGGUGGUGGGCAACGUGACGGCCAUCGUGGUGCUGCGCAUCUCGCGCAAGGAGCAAAAGGAGUCCACCUUCUACACGCUGGUGUGCGGGCUGGCCGUCACCGACCUGCUGGGCACGCUGCUGGCCAGCCCCGUCACCAUCGCCACCUACGUGCGCGGCGGCUGGCCCGGCGCCCGCCCGCUCUGCCAGUACUCGGGCUUCGUCCUGCUCUUCUUCUUCCUGGCGCAGUUGUGCAUCCUGUGCGCCAUGUCGGUGGAGCGCUACCUGGCCAUCAACCACGCCUAUUUCUACAACCGCUACGUCAACCAGCGGCUGGCGGCGCUGGCGCUGCUGGCCAUCUACGUCAGCAACGCGGGCCUGUGCGCGCUGCCCAGCGUGGGCUUGGGCCAGGUCAAGCUGCAGCGGCCGGGCAGCUGGUGCUUCAUCGACUGGCACGGCGGCGCCAACCGCACGGCGGUGGCCGCCUUCAACCUAGCCUACGCCGGCGUCAACGCCGCCGUGGUGCUGGCCACCGUGGCGUGCAACGUCAUGGUGUGCGGCGCGCUCAUCCUCAUGCACCGCCGCUUCGUCCGCCGCACCUCGCUAGGGGCCGGGCGCGGGCGGCGCCAGGCGGCCCGCGAGCAGCCCGCCCGCCGCAGGAGGCUGGGCCGGCUGGCCGGGGCCGAGAUCCAGAUGGUCAUCCUGCUCAUCGCCACCUCGGUGGUGGUGCUCGUCUGCUCCAUCCCCUUGUUGCUGAGGAUCUUUGUGAACCAGCUGUACAGCAAGCAGAAGGAAGAGUGGACGGGGCUCAACAAAGACCUGCUGGCCAUCCGCAUGGCCUCCGUCAACCCCAUCCUGGACCCGUGGGUCUACAUCCUGCUGCGGAAGACGGUGGUCCUCACGCUCAUGGAGAAGAUCAAAUGUCUCUUCUGCAGGAUGGGGCGGGGCCGGCGAGGAGGCGGCGGCGGCGGACAGUUCCGCUGCGCCGGCGUCCGCCUGUCCUCCUCGUCCGUGAUGUCGCGGGACUCGCCGUCGCUGGUGUCGCGAGGGUGCCCGGGGACGGCGUGCACCUCGCAGACCUUCCUGUGGCCGGCCGAGGGCGGGACGGGCUCCUUUCGGGAGGGGGCGGCCGGGGGCGGACGCGAGCCACACAGCCCGAGCGAGCGGCCCAAGCCGGCUUUGCAAGUGUCACUUACGGACGGGACGGCAAACAUCCAGGAGAGGAUUAUCUGAGCAAAGACUCUCCGCUGGCGCAAGUUGUCACUAAAUCUCGUCGGCCGGAGCCGAACUUUUUUUGAAUGAAGCUUCAUGGCCAGUUGUGAUUCAGCGCCUGGACUGGACUUACAGCCAACCCCCUUUAUUGCGGGGUUCAGGACGCAUCUGCAAUAGAGGAAAGUCCGCCAUAUCGAAAAAACUAAGAGAAAAAAUCAAUCAAUCAAUCACACAUUUAACCAAAACGCACUUGGUCAAGUACAGUGAACCCCGGCACCAAGCGGAUUUUUUGGGGGACCUGUUCUUCAUGACUUGUCGCCAUCUUGUGGCCUUUUAGUGCCAAGGAAUUACGUUGAGAUACAUUGAGGAGCUUCAUUUGGACAAAAGUAGUGCUUCGUUACCAUCAUGUGGCAUCUAUGGCGAUUCCAAAUAUUUCUGGGAGUCUGACAAUUGUAAAUCUUUUGGGUUUGUACUGCCUAAUCUUAAUUUUGUCAUCAAAUGUGUCUGUGUUAGCUUAGCAUCGAGUAAACAAAAACAAAGCCUACCUUCGCUGUUUUGGCGCUCUCGGCCGCAUAGUCGUCCAAACGAGAGGCAAAGCCUGCUCGCUUCGAGUCCCGCCCAGCCGCCUCUAGAAAACAAAACGACAAUCAGACAUCGAACAGCAAAUAGUCAACAAAAGCGUCAUCAUUUUGUCCCAACAAAAGUCUGCUAGCUUAAAAUGUUAACAUAAUAGCAAGUGGCAAAAAUGAGCAUAGCCACAUGACUUGGUGAGUCUUACUAGAGGUUCAUCUCGCCUUCUGUUUCUUCUUCUCUUUGCUAACCCCACUGCAUCACCUCAAGUAGCGCUCAGCGCUGCCGUCUUGUGGCGCAAGGCGGCGCUACAUUCGGACUUGCUUGAAUGCUGUAAAAAAUAAAUGGUAACAAAGUUGAAAAAUAAUCUGUCAUCAAGCAGGGGGUUCGCUCAACAGAAAUAUUCUCCCAUCCCAUUUCCGAAAAGUUGCUUUUCCGAGAGCGUUAGCCACGUGCUACGUGACCAGUAAGCUAGUCAAAUGUGAAUGCUGCUGUUGCCAGAAGCGAAUGUAUUUUGCGUAUGGGAACGUGCACGCGAUGGUCUUCUCCGUGAGAAGGUGCAGAGAUUUGGAGGCCGGCUUUCGGGGUAUCAGCGCCACCGCCGACGUUGCUCACUUUGUCAUCCUGCCUUGAAUGUUUGAAAGGAAGCGCAGGCAGGAAAACUCUUAUCCUUGUACAAAAUGAGAGCAAGAAUAAAGUUGUUAAACAUCUUU